CCAGCAGCAAGUUAAAGAGUAACGCGGGGUCAGCGGCGCGCUUCGCGGACUGUCCCCGCCCAACAGCUCCCCAACCCGGGGGCACCAACCACAUUGCAGCGGGAAGCGGCCAUGAGUCUCCGCAUUUACUUCUGCGGCAGCAUCCGAGGAGGGCGAGGGGACGCGGGCAUUUACUCCAGGAUCAUCGGACAUUUGAAGAGAUUCGGCCAAGUUCUCACCGAGCACGUCGGCCGCCCCGAGCUCAGCGACAAAGGGGAGGGUGGAAUGCAAGUUGAUGAUAAACACAUCCACGAUAGAGAUUUGCAAUGGCUGCGGGAGGCUGACGUGAUUGUGGCAGAGGUCACUCAACCUUCUUUGGGUGUUGGUUAUGAAAUUGGGAGAGCUCUGGCCAUGAAUAAGAAGAUUCUGUGCCUGUUCCGGACGCCGUCAACCUAUGCUCUUUCCGCAAUGAUUCGAGGAGCAGCGAAUGGAAAAAACAUCCAUGUGAAGGAUUAUUCAGAGGAGAAAGUGGAAAUAGUCAUACAAGAAUAUUUUGAGCAACAGCUAUAGGCAUGGAUAAAGCACAGCGUACUACAAUUACUAAAAUAGGAAGCCCUAUGUGCAUCAUGUUAACUGUUUGUGCUUUGUACUUACAUGCACGUAAAUCCCUUGAAUUAAAAUACAAGAUGUCUGGACGACAAUUUGUGUUUCGGUUAAAAUAGAA